UUCCCACAACGAAGCCGCGGAUGGUUGCCGAUGACCUGUCCGCGAAUUGACGGACCAAACCAAGCCCUUCAUUGAAUUGACAACCCACCAGCUUCGCAACGGAAGAAGCAGCUCUGCGAAUGACUGGCGAACAGCAAAGUAAACAACACCACUCCCAAUCCCCUUCGCCAACAAUGUCCCAACCACCGACCUCAUCCUCCUCACCACUCCCGGAGAAAUCCCAAGCCACCGCCACCUCCACCCGCAACAACACCGCCCACUCCAAUGACACCCAGCUGCCCCUCCACACAACCGACCUCCCGCUGGAGCGGACGCCGACCCAGGCGGAGAAGUUCGCCGGUGUGCUCGCGGUCCGCCCCGAGGGCGAGUCCGGCCGCUCGGGAAUCCACCCGCUGCUGUUCCUCCGCAACGUGUUCCGCUCGGCCUCGUGGGCCUCGCGCGCCGUCAACGUGCUGUGGCCUGUCGUGCCGGCCGCCAUCGCCGUACGCUAUGCCCUACCGGACAACCACCUCGUCAUCUUCAUCCUGAGCUACCUGGCCAUGGUGCCGUGCGCGAACCUCAUCGGGUUUGCCGGGCAGGAGCUGGGCAGGAAGGUGCCGCAUGUGAUGGGGGUUAUUAUCGAGACUACGCUGGGUGGCCUCGUCGAGAUCAUCAUGUUCAUCGUCCUGAUUACGCGGCCUGACGUCCCCGGAAUCAACUACAUCCAGGUCAUUAAGGCGGCCAUCCUGGGAUCGGUACUGGCGACCAUGCUGCUGUGUCUGGGCCUGUGCUUCGUUGCCGGCGGCCUGAAGCGCGAAGAGUCCUCGUUCAGCGAGACCGUCAGCGAAGCGGGCAACGGGUUGCUCCUGACAGCCGGCUUUGGCCUCGCCAUCCCGACCGUGUUCGAGCACUCGCUCGGCAGCAAUAUUGCCGAUCUGGAGGCCAAGACGAUCCACAUCUCGCGCAGCACCGCGGUGCUGCUCAUGAUCGCCUACUUCAUCUACCUCUUCUUCCAGGCGCGCACACACCACGGCAUCUACGACGCCAUCUUCGUCGCCGACGAGGAGCGCGACACCGACAGGCACGAGUCGCGCAUGCACCACCGGCUGACGUUCACCGAGUGCGUCCUCGCGCUGGCGGUUGCCAUCGCGCUCGUGACCAUCAUCGCCAUCGCCCUGGUCGACCAGAUCCACUUCAUCGUCGAGGAGCGGCACGUGUCGGACGCCUUCGUCGGCCUCAUCCUCGUGCCGCUGGUCGAGAAGGCGGCCGAGCACCUGACGGCGGUGGACGAGGCGUACGACGACCAGAUGAACUUUGCGCUGUCGCACGUGCUGGGCGCCACGCUGCAGACCGCCCUGUUCAACGCCCCGCUCGUCGUCAUCGUCGGCUGGGGGCUCGACAAGGACAUGGGGCUGAACUUUGAGACCUUCGACAUCGUCGUGCUGCUGCUGGCCAUCAUCACCGUCGGCAACUUCCUGCGCGACCAGAAGACCAACUACCUCGAGGGCGCGCUGUGCGUGAUUGUGUACAUUGCCAUCGCCGUCGCCGCGCUGUACUAUCCGAACCCAGAGGAGCUUGUGACUGCGGCUGCCGGGGGUGUUUCUGAGCGCUGAAGAGUUGUUAUAUUUCGCAUAAACACUGCUUUAUCCCGGCGGGCAUCAGGUAGACAUGACGGGAGAUGGACUUAUAUAAAGCGUGCGCAGGAAAUAGAGCAAGCAAAAUGACGGAGCAUUUUAUCUUUCAUGCCGAGGCACAGGACCUAUCUGUCGGAAUGUCGGCUUAGCAAACCACUGCCUGGAAAAUCAACAGUCUGUCCAUGUUAACUCAACGCCGUAGAAGGCCAUCUUUGAGACACCCGGUCCGGACCCGGCCCACAAAGGGGUUGUACAAUUGCAAAGGAUAUUCUAGAAAUACACAGUGAACCAACCCCGACCCCUUCCUCGACAGAACAACUCCCUCUCGCGUCUUGUUAACCGAGGACAGCAAUCAGCUGAUGAAGCACAGACAGCCCAGGCCCAAGUAGAAGACAAACAGCGGAUACACAGCCAGGCCGACGCGGUUCUUGACGACCCCGCUGCCGCCCAGGAUGCUGAUGCCCGCGGCCAGCGACCAGGCCACCAGCACGAGGUACACCGGGAUCCUCGCGAUCCAGUGCAGGCUGAGCGCCGACAGCAGCGCGGCAAUGACGAGCGGGAACAGCGUGUAGCCAAUGACGCAGAUGCUCUGCGCGAAGGAGCUGCA